AUGGGUGACUCGAAGGCGACGGUCCAGAGCCUGCGCGAGUCCCUCGUCUCCGAGUCGACGGCGCUGCCCCUGCGCUUCCGGGCGCUCUUCUCGCUGAAGCACAUGGCGCGGCACUCGGACGGCGCCGAGUCGCAGGCGGCCAUCGAUGCCAUCGCGGCCGGCUUCAGCUCGCCGUCGGCCCUGCUGAAGCACGAGCUGGCCUACUGCCUGGGCCAGUCGGGCAACCUAGAGGCCGCCAAGCCGCUGCGAGCCGUGCUGUCGGAUGUUCAUGAGGACGCCAUGUGCCGGCAUGAGGCCGCCGAGGCCCUCGGUGCGCUCGGCGACGCUGACAGCUUGCAGCUUUUGAAGGAAUUCAGAGACAAGGAGGGCGAGGAGGUUGUGAUCAAGGAGACUUGCGAACUUGCCAUUGAUCGUAUAGAAUGGGAGAACUCGGAGGCAAGAAAGCAGGAGAAGCUGCGCCAGAGUGACUUUGCGUCCAUAGACCCCGCGCCAUCGAUGCCCGAGUCGUCCCAAACGGUCGAGGAGCUCGAGAAGACACUGAUGGACACAAGUGCACCUCUUUUCCUACGAUACCGAGCCAUGUUCGCCCUCCGCGACCUGGCCUCACCCCCGGACCUCCCCACAGCCGUCCCUGCGGUUCACGCUCUUGCCAAGGGUUUCGCCGAUUCGUCUGCUCUAUUCCGCCACGAGAUUGCCUUUGUCUUCGGUCAGCUGUCGCAUCCCGCGUCGAUACCUGCUCUGACUGCCGCGCUGAGCGAUACCAAGGAAGCCAGCAUGGUGCGACACGAAGCCGCCGAGGCGUUGGGCAGUCUUGGCGAAGAAGAAGGCGUGGAGGAUAUACUGAAGCGCUUCCUCAACGACAAGGAGAAGGUGGUUCGUGAGAGUGUGAUCGUGGCUCUGGAUAUGGUGGACUAUGAGCAAAGUGGGCAGGCUGAGUAUGCUCUGAUUCCCGAGUCAGCCAAGGCUGAGACGACAGCGGCGGCAUGA